UGUCCUGCACAAUUUAGCGCGAACCCCCAGUCCGCGAGACUCCGAUGAAUUCGACUGAAUAGCGAGCGAGCAAGCUCCGGAAGCCGAACACCAAAACCGCAUGUCGGUGCAAGAGCCAUCAUCUUCGUCGCCAUCGAAGGGAACGAAACGGCGGCGGGACGAAGAGGAUGCGGCGGCGGCGGCUGAUGACGCUGAAACCGCCGCAUCUGAAUCUCUAGAGCAGAGUCUGACUUUCAGCGACACGCUGGUGGCGCUUCGCAUGAUGCGAGCUCAAUUCCCUCGCAUCGACAAGGUCUCGGUUCGGCCUUUUGUAUUGCGGUCGCAGUUGUAUAGCAGCGUUGUGGACAGAACUCAGGUGGAUAGAGAGUUAGAGUCUCUGAGAAGGACAAAGGUUUUGCGCAUAUUCAAACUGAAUACUGGACAAGAUGAUCAUGCCAUAAUGUUCUUAGAUGAUUAUUUAAAUCAGAUAGAAAGAGUUGUGAAAAGAAUGGAGGAAAAGAAUGUACAUGAUCUUGAAGUUUUCGAGUGGUUCAAGAUACAUGUAAUUGACAUGAGGCUGGAACCAAACAUUUCACACCAAGACCUUUGUUCUCUUCUGUCACUUGGAGGGAAGGUGAAAGACGAUCAUAUCUCUGUUCUCAUUAAUGGAGGAGUUAUUAUUCGCCAACUUAUUGAUCCAAGCAUGUACUGGUUUGCAAUUCCAAAUGUGGGUUCAUUACUUAAAGGGCUCUCCCAGGGGAGGAAGGAACUCCUUUCUCUAUUAAGCCGUAGGAGGUACAAAGAAAUGAUGUUGGCACCUUUAGAGAAAAAGAGACUUCGACUGUCUCCCCUCGAUAUGAGAUUUCAUCUUCGCGAUCUGAUUGGCUCAGGUCACCUGAAAACUGUUAAGACACCGACUGGCUUAGUCGUCCGGAUUUCAAAGGAAUGAGAUCUGUAGCAGCAUGUUAUCUGCUUUUAUUCCAUCUGGCAAACUUCAUGCUUCACAUUCAGUUGUAGGAUUUGGAAAGAGGUUUGGUUUCUCAAACUGUUGUAGUUUUUCUUAUAUGACUAAAUAAAAGUCGCUCUUAUAUUUGUUCUUUCUGCUUAUGACUGGAUCAAAGGAAGUCCUAAGGUCCACUGAUCUGACAAUAGGCCAAAGAUUCAGAGAGUUGCAUGUCCCAGUACAGAAGCUGUGACAAUGUGAGUGUAUCCUCUUGUAGGUGUUGUGUCACAUUUUUCUUUGUACUGAGGGUCCAGGACUGUUGCAAGAAAUUGAUUUCUUCUUACUGCAUUAUUAUAAAUGCCUCUCUUUUUUCGGAGGAUUGCUACU